CUUACGGGGACCCUCGUAUCAGCCAUGCUGUCCACGGUGCAGGAAAUCAUCUCAAUACUACCCAUCAGCUAUUACCCCGUCACAAGACCAUGGCGGCGUAAGAAGCUGACAAUCAGCAUUCUUGCAACGCUUUCAAUAGUGGUCUACGCCGCCUUGACAACAUGGAAUGUCUUGACGCAAGGACGAGAACCUUCUUACACCACCGUACUAAGGACGACCAUGCCAAGUCAGCAUGAUACGAAGACGAAGUGCCAAGUACGGACCCUCCAAGUGGGAGACAUGAUAUAUGCAUCCCCCAGUGGCGCUUUCGCGUGGUCCAUAACUGGCGUGGAUUCGGGUGCCAUGCAAGGCUCAGAUUUCGACGUUGGCGUAAAUUACGCUGGUGCUGCAAUGCAGGCAAACGUGACGAGUCUCGGCAUGUUCUACUACUGGUCCAUACAAAGCUUCAAGUACGGUGUAUGCGCCAACGCCACCGUCCCGCAGCUCUCGGGCAAAGGCAACAACGGCCACUCUGUCGCCAAAGCGACCGACGGUACAGUGUUGACGACAGUAAUCACGAUGUGCGCUCACUUCGAUCUGGACUCGUCUGAUGUGCCUGCUUGGGCUACCGCGGCGCAAACCCCUAUACAAAACGCUUUCUACGACUUGGCCAUAUAUUUCCAAACGUAGGUCCUAAUAGUACCUGAGACCAGGGCUUCAUCCUGUUCCUAGGUUGGAUUUCCCGAACGGGACUUUUCCCACCUGCAAUUU